ACGGUUGGGUUUUCUCUCGCCCCACUGCCCUCUAAAAUAUAAGUGUUUAAAUUGAAUUUAAAGUUCAAGUCGAAGAUCGAAGGAUUGCGAAUACCACUCUAUAUACUACAAAUAUUAUCACUGGUGUUAAAUUAAAUUUGAUAAGCUAACCUCAGACCAAUCAACUCUUAAAUACUUUAUUAUAACUGACAAAAAUAACAAGUGUCUAGAAAAAGCACAGGUGAAAAAGCAAUUGAUCUUAUCACUCUUAAAAUUAACUAUUAAAUAACUAUUUAUUUAAAAUACUGUCGAAAAACCAGUGAGUCUUUUGAAACCGGUAAACAAUAUUCGUGAUUCGUGGAUUUCGGUUCUGAAUUUUAUUCGAUUUUCUUCUCUCGCGUCGUUCCUUACCGUUUUUGGCAUCCACGCGCGCUCUCUCGUCCUGCCAAAAUCGUCCGCUCUCUCGCGAAAUACUGUUGGGCCUACACCGCUGGCCAAGAAUUUGGCAUCGCCAUUCGCACACACCCAUUCACACACGGCCAUAAAUUGUGAUUAACCGCAGCACAACCAAAAGCGACAGCAAGACGUAGAUUUUUAAUUAAAUUAAGAGUGAAACAUACCAGCCGGCACGACAGCAGCAACGGCAAAUGUAAACAAUCAGCACUGGAAAUUAAAUAUUUAAAUAUUUGCUCUCGGAAAAUUGUGCGGCAUUUUAAAUUAGGACUCCGCGACACAUCCGUGCGCAUAUUAAAGUGACAUAUCCUAUGUGUGUCCUGUGCCCUAGUGAUCACAUACAUAUGCAAUAGAUGGUGUGUGUGCCAAGCCAAAACAGCCAUAAAUAAAGCCAGGAAAACAAAUAAACAAACGAACAAUCGGGUCAAAGUGCUUAGUCAGGCUUAAAGACCCAAAAAAAAAACCAACAGGGACAAUCCCUCAGAUUUCGUGUGAGGCCACAUGCCCUUGUCGUCGCCAUUGUCGCAUCGAUAGCAAUUAAAACCGACGUCGGCCAAAACAAAUAGCCAUCAGCUAUAAAUUUACAACGCCCCAGGAAAAUGCAUUGCAGCAAAACAAGCAAUUAAAGCAGUGCAGCCCCGCAACCACGAACCGAACCUGUAGGUAGUAUCCUGCCGCUGCCUGCUGUGCUAAAAACCUAUUUUGAAUAAUUAAAAUUCCGUAAGUGCUGCAGUCGAAGACGUCGACAAAGGCGAAGUGGAAGUGGCAGUGCAAGUUGUUGGAAAACAGAAAGAACCAGGGUCUGCCAUUGCUCGCAACACAAUCUGCGGCCUGCAAAUUCGUGUGCAGCAAUGGAAUAAUUAAUUCAAUGCACCUGACCAAGCCGGCGAGCAGCAGAAGCAGAAGCCGAAGCAGAAUCGCUUACAAAUUCGAGCGUCCCAGCAACAUCAACAGCAACAACAGCAACACCGGCAAAAUGGCCGCCGAAGCGAGGACAAUUAGCCAGCCAGGACAUAUCCGCGAUCAGCGCAAGGUUAUGCCCCACAUCCUGCUGCUGGCCAUCGCAGUGGUGUCACUGCAGUUCGAGAGCGUGUCCGCCCAAAGCAUGAUGACCAAGAACGAGCCCAUGUUCAUAUCACGUUCGGAGACAUUUAAAUUUAUCACCGGCGAGACAAUAGUCCUACCCUGUGAGGUGGCCAACACGGACACGUACGUUGUGGCCUGGAAACGCGGCAUUGCCAUAUUAACCGCCGGAUCCGUGAAAGUGACGCCCGAUCCCCGAGUGCGCCUGGUCAACGGAUUCAAUCUGCAGAUACGCGACGCCCUGCCAACGGAUGCCGGCGAUUAUAUCUGCCAGAUUGCCACCAUGGAUCCGCGCGAAAUCACCCACACGGUCGAGAUAUUGGUGCCGCCGAGGAUUCAUCACAUUAGCACCGGCGGACAUUUGCAAGUCAAGAAGGGCUCGUCGGUGCGAAUCGAGUGCUCGGCCACGGGUAAUCCAAUGCCGAAUGUGACUUGGAGCCGCAAAAAUAAUAUUUUGCCCAACGGCGAGGAGAAGCUCCACUCGCACGUCCUCUCCAUCGAGAAUGUGGAUCGGCACAAGGGCGGCGUCUACAUAUGCACUGCCAACAAUCGCGUCGGCCAGCCCGCUUCCAGCCAGGUCGUGCUCCAUGUAUUGUUUUCGCCGGAAAUCUCCGUGGAGCGUCCCGUGGUCUUCUCGGGCGAAGGGCGCGAGGCCACGCUGGUCUGCAUCGUCCACGGCGAAACACAGCCUGAGGUAAUUUGGUUCAAAGACACCAUGCAAUUGGAUACCACGGAGCGGCACAUCAUGGAGACGCGGGGAUCGCGGCACACGCUGAUUAUACGCAAAGUGCAUCCGCAGGACUUUGGCAACUAUUCCUGUGUGGCCGAGAACCAGCUCGGCAAGGCACGCAAGACCCUGCAGUUGAGCGGAAAACCGAACGUUGCCGUUUUUAAUUCACCGCCAAUCAGUCAGUACAAGGACAGAUACAAUAUCUCCUGGGCCGUCGACUCGCACACACCCAUCGAGGAGUACAAGCUGUCCUUCCGCAAGCUGCCACAAGGACACGAGGUCGUUGGCAACGCCAUCGACUCGCCAUCCUCCUCCUCGUCGCUGUCCUCGCUCUCCUCGUCUUCCUCCUCAUCAUCGUCCCAGAUGUACGGCUCCGGCUCCGGGCUACAUGCGCAUCGGAUUGGCAGCAACAUGGGCGGAUUGUCUGGCAGUGGCAGCUACUCCGGCUACGGCAACGUGAUUCACUGGGGCCACAACGAUUGGCGCGACGUCGUCCUGCCGGCGGUUCCCGUUUCGCAUCACUAUGUGCAGGGCAUGAGCUACAUGGUCCGUGGCCUAGAUCCCGAUCAGCACUACGAAGCCACCGUGCAGUCCAGGAAUCGUUACGGAUGGAGCGAUUUGACCAACAGUUUUGUUUUCUCCACAUCAUCCAAUGAUGGACCUGUCGAUCUGUCAACCUUUUUGAAUCACGGUCUGUCAGAUAACGAGAUGCGGGAUCUGAGCGUCACUUUCUACGGCAGCAGCGCCAUCAACCGACAGAAAUUGGGCCUCCUGGCCCUGAGUUCCGCCACUCUGGCUCUGAGCCUGCUCGUGGCCUAAUUGCCUCGGCUUCGACCUGAGUUACGAAUUUCACCGCCAAUAGCAGUAAAGCGAAUCGAUUGACUUUGAUCUGGGACAGCCGAAAGAUGAAUGGAGAAUGGAGUCCUUCACAACACUCUAGUCGUAACUGGUAGCCUACGAAAUGAUCCAGGCAUAAGCGUAAUUACAACCACGAUUUCUCAUUGUUCGAUUCGAAUUUCUCAAGCAAAGUUUAGUGAAUUAACCAAGAAACGGAAAACGGAACCAUACAUAAUACAUGUAACAAUCAAUGUAAAAGAGCAUGCAACUGUUCAAACUAGGACCCAUAAAGCAUUCAUAAUACAUACACCCACUCACAUUCGCCGACCAUUUCAGCACUCGAAACCAGUGUACAUAGAUUUUAUUGCAUACUCCUAGGUAUAAACUGCACCAAAGAAAUAGUCACUCGACGAGCGAAUAAAUACAUUUACAUAUAACUAGUGCGUACUUCAAGUUGGUGGCCAUAACUUGCCAGACGAUUGGUUGGGAUCACGGCAAAGUGUGGAGUAGUAGCAAUAUGCGAAUAGUUAAUUUAAUUAAUAUAUGAAUGCAUAAACUAAUUAUCGGAUAUCGGAUACGCCACUGCCGCACGCCACACCACGCAUUUUAGUCAAAUUUGAGAUGAAAAGGUCAGAUUCUAACUAAUUUGCUGCAUUCGAAACGCAUUUCAAUGGCUUACUGCAGACAGCGUUUUUCUAGCUUUUUGCAAUUUGUAUGUAUGUAGCAGCUAAGUAGCUUAAUUGACCGCAUAAAUGCAAUUAAAUUAGUCCACAAACCUAUUAACUUGGUAUGUAAAUUAAUAUAAACAAAAAAAGGGAAAAGCAUAUAGAAACUUUCAUAUGGCUAUUCGAUUACAAUUAGGGCGUAAGUGUACAUAAAUACGAUUGAUUUAGGAGCAGGAGAAACAGAAUUGAAUAGUGAGUCGCAGCAUUAAUAAAUAUAUUAAUACCCACAUGGAUACCCAAACUUGAGGGGUUUAAUCUCGUACACCGAGCAGGGUGUGGCCAAGGUUGUUUUAUGUAAAUACACAGUCAUUCGAAAUCUCAUGAUAUAUGUACUUACAGUUCGAUACUCGUAUUGUUGCUUCACAACGCAAAUGGCACCUUUCGUGUUUGGUUUUCCGGCACCCAGUACUAUCCUCUUUGGCAAUCCGAAACCGAAGGCCAAGCAGAAAACAAACGCACCUUAGAUGCAGUCACACGUAUGAGCUAGACGAUAAGUGAAUAUUGUAAUGAGAUUAACAAGAUAACGACGCCUACAUAUAAAUAAAUGUAUAGGAAAAUAACUUUACUUGAUUUCCAAAUAAACUCAGCCAUAUACAAGAUACGCAUUCAGCUUUUCUAGAAUUAAAUAAAUGUGGACAAGGCGAUCGAAAAACCAGAAAAGAAAAAUAGUAUAGACCUAUAUGUGUAAUUAAUACUGCUGUCAAAAGAUUGGCCACCCAAAGCGAUAAGUGAACUACAGUAAAAUAUAAUUUGUGUUAAUGUGAAUGUAAAUGGAUGUGCAACAAGCGAAAUAAUUAAUACAAAAAACACACCGCAGAUAAAGUUUAAAUCCCCAAACUUCCCUACCGCCCUUACCAAACUCCCUCUACGAUUCCCACUCAAAAGUUGCUUUGGUCCGGCGACUAGAGCCCAUCGAUAAGUUAGCUAAAUGAUGAUGUCGGUACUCAGUAUAUAUACACCUGAAUAUAGCGAUUGAGCCGUUACUUGUAUGUGUAAUUUACAGCUUAGUUAUAGUUAUUUUAUUUUGUUAAAUGCAACAAAUACCAAAUCUACUUUAAAGUAAUAAUAAUACUAACCUACACCAGAACAUUUUCGGUAUUGAAUGUAUAUGUGACUAGAAACCGUAUGUGUAUGUAUAUUUGAUUAUUUUGUAAAAUUUUUCAAAAACUAUAAAUAAAGUCUAUAUUACCAUAUAAAUGUAAA